AUGCAACGGAGAAAGACCAAAGAAGAUGACAACUUGAUCACAGAUGAGCAGAAUGUUAAGGAGGCCGGUUAUGGGAGCUUAAAGAAGAACUCGGAGGAGAAAACAAAGGAGUACAUUUAUGAAACUGUUGCUCUGGGCUCUGAGAAGAUAAUAAAAUUGUCCAGUUAUGAAAGUCUAGCUGAUGAUUUAGAGCAGAAUGUGGAGGAUGCCAAAGGUGGGAGGCUACCCAUGAGCUCUCUUGAGGUUCCGCAGUGGAAUAAACAGCCAUCACCAGGCCUUAUUGUGAGGAGCACUGCAAACUUCUUCAGUGAUGAGACAGCCAGGAUAGACUUUAUCCUUGCAUGGGAAUCGGAUUGCCAGAGUUUGGAAGGACAAAGUGAUGAAGGUGAGAAUUCAAAGCGAAGGCAAAAGAGAUUGCUUGAAAUGCACAAGCUGUGGCGAGAGAGGUUUCUGAACAGACUCCAGAUGGCAGGGAUCAGGAUGGAAAAGCAUGUAGCCCAGAAUGCAAAGAAGCUAGUGCACUUUAUACUGCUAAGUGCUCCUUGGAGUGUGCUCUGUUAUUAUGCUGAAGAUCUCAGGCUGAGGGUUCCCAUGCAGGCGGUGCCCAAUCAGGCUGUAACUAACUGGUCUCAACGGAUUCUGAUGAAACUGGGCAUCCCCAAUAUGCUCUAUGAUGAGGUUCCUGACAUUCCCUUGGAUUAUUACACAUGUCAUUUUAAGGCAAAUAAAUUACCCUGGUUUCUUGGGAGUGAUCGCCAUGAGACUUUCUUCAGCAGUACACAACGGCACAGAAUACUGUAUGAGAUCCUGGCUACCACGUCCUAUGGAAACCCCAAAGCAGGGCAGGUUGGAAUAGAAAGGCUGCUGAGUGAGGAAGUCUUCACAGCUGCAUUCCCACUGCACGAUGGUCCCUACAAGUUGCCAUUGGAGGAGAAUCCCCCCAUUCAGCUGAAUCAGAGGCAGAUUCUUUUCCGUUACUGGGCCCGGUGGAGUAAGUGGAAGAAGUACCAGCCUUUGGAUCACAUCCGCAGGUACUUUGGGGAGAAGACUGCUCUCUACUUUGCCUGGCUUGGUUUCUACACUGGGUGGCUUUUCCCAGCAGCUUUAGUGGGGACGCUAGUCUUCAUAAUAGGCAUCUUUGUGAUGUUUGAUGACAUCCCUACGCAGGAGAUCUGUACCAGUGGUGGUACAUACCAAAUGUGCCCACUCUGCAAAGUUUGCCCUUAUUGGAACCUCUCCACCGUAUGCCCAAUGUUUCAGGCUGGUCGUCUCUUUGAUCACGGUGGGACUGUCUUCUUCAGUAUCUUCAUGUCUUUAUGGGCAGUCACGUUCCUUGAAUACUGGAAGCGCAUGAACGCUACCCUGACACACCGCUGGGACUGUUCAGACUUUGAAGAUAUUGAGGAACGUCCGCGGCCCCAAUUCACUGCCAUGGCGCCCAUGACAACCAUAAAUCCAAUCACUGGCGAGGAGGAGCCCUAUUUCCCUAAGCGGAAUCGUUUCAAUAGAAUCAUCGCUGGAUCAAUGGUCAUCAUCAUGAUGAUUGCUGUGGUGGUGAUGUUCCUGAUUUCCAUCAUCCUUUACCGAGCCAUCAUUGCCGUAGUCGUAUCCCGGUCUGGGAACUUCCUUAUCGUGGCUUCGGCUUCUCGUAUUGCUAGCCUCACAGGCUCGGUGGUGAACCUCAUCUUCAUCCUCAUCCUAUCAAAAAUUUACAUUGCACUGGCACAUUUUCUUACGAAGUGGGAGAUGCACCGCACCCAGACCAUGUUUGAAGACGCCUUCACUUUUAAGGUGUUUGUCUUUGAGUUCAUCAAUUUCUACUCCUCUCCCAUCUACAUUGCCUUCUUUAAGGGCAGAUUUGUAGGUUAUCCAGGACACUACAGCAAAUUGCUGGGCAUCCGCAAUGAGGAUUGUGGUCCAGGUGGCUGCCUCAUUGAACUUGCCCAAGAACUGCUAGUCAUCAUGGUGGGAAAGCAAAUAAUUAAUAAUGUGCAGGAGAUCCUCAUCCCGAAGUUGAAAUCAUGGUGGCAUAAGCGAGAGUGUCUCUCUAACAGAAAUGAGGGCCAGGAAAGAUGCAUGAAGCAGCUCUGGGAAAGUGAUUAUCAACUGCUGCCCUAUGAUGGGCUCUUUGAUGAAUACCUGGAAAUGGUCCUGCAGUUUGGCUUCAUUACCAUCUUUGUGGCUGCCUGCCCCUUGGCACCUCUCUUUGCCUUGCUUAACAACUGGGUGGAAAUUCGCUUGGAUGCCCAGAAGUUUGUUUGUGAAUAUAGGCGGCCGGUUGCUGAGCGAGCCCAAGGCAUUGGCAUCUGGUUUCCUAUCCUGGAGGUCAUCACACACCUGGCAGUCAUUAGCAAUGCCUUCCUGAUUGCCUUCACCUCUGACUUCCUCCCUCGGCUAUAUUACCAGUACACGCGCUCCAGCAAUCUACAGGGCUACAUUGACUUCACCCUGGCCUAUGCCCCUAAAUCUUUUGUCCUGGAGCACAAUGUCACAUGCAGGUACCGAGCAUACCGAGAACAAAGUGGCAGGUAUUCACUAGCCUAUUGGAAUCUACUGGCAAUCCGUCUCGGCUUCAUAAUUGUAUUUGAGCACGUGGUCUUCUUCAUUGCACGCAUGAUAGAUAUGAUGGUGCCUGAUAUCCCAGAAGUGGUGGAGAUAAAAGUGAAGAGAGAACAGUACCUAGCUAAACAAGCUCUGGCUGAGAACAAGGCCCUCAUUGAAGUGAUAGACGUAAGAAAGCCAACUCCUCUGGUAGAGAAGGCACCAUGACAGGAGGCUCAAGACCCUGAAGAAAUGCUGUGUUUGGUCCAUUAAACCUUCUGGAAGAGCAAAUGUCAUGGGAAGGGAAAAAGCAGUCUGUCAGAACUUCUACAAUAUGGCACUUGAAAAACUGACACUACAGCAGUGCUUGGACCCUUAAAAAGGGCCUCUGGAAUUUCAUCUACCCAGCUGCUUCAAGGACUUUGUGGAGGGUGAAGAAUAAAGUGUUAUACUGGUGAAGUACAAGACAUACAUUGACAAUGGACAGCCCACUUCCCAGUUCUGCAAUCAUUCUCAUAGUUGAUGAGCUUGAUCUGCUUUUCCCCGCACUCUAUAAAAAAGUGACUUCCAGAGAGAGUGCUGAAGUCAAGCAAUGAACAUAGAUAAAUUCCAUGUUCCAGUCUUGUUUAGGGGGAGGAAUGGCCACCUUUUAACUUAGCUACAAAAAAUUUCCCAGAGGUAGAAGCUGCAAAAUUUGAAUGCCUUAAAGAAGUCAUGAGCUGCUCCCUUACCCCUUGUACUCUGAAGAUGAGCUAAGGGCAUAUUAUGGGAGAGUAGCUCUGUACUCUGCUUAACAUGCAAUGGUCAUCUUAAAAUAUAUUACUGCCUGAAAGGAAGACAGUUUGAGAGAGCUUGUUCCCAGCUACACAUGCUGCUAGUUUUUCUUUUUCCCCCACAAAAGCAGUUCAGGACUGUAAUUAUCUUCAUCCAUUUGGAUCUGCUUUAGCAUUGUGACAUAUGCUAAAUACUUGUGCUCUUAAUCAUGACUAAAUAGUACCCCGCUGACCUGUCCAAAAUUCAGUAUGAACGGCUGAAGACUAAGUUCUUUUACUACUGUUUGGCAGAAGCUAGAAAGGUUAGGAGUUAACAGCUGUUCAAUAGUUCAUUAGAAAGGCAGGUAGGUAUCCUGAAUUAGUGGCCCACUUUUUAAAAAACUAUACAAAAAAAAUAAAUGCAACCACUCAAAGCUGUUUCAGGUUUUAUUUUUUAGAAUUUAUAAAAUUCCAGUGUCAUCCAUAGUCAUGAGCCUUUAUACAUGUUUUGCAUAUAAUCUCCAAAUUCCAAAGUUAAGGCCAAGGGAUCAUUGC